AUGUUUAAAGUAAUUGGUGAAGGAAGACGAGGUGGUAAAACUACUGGUGAAGGACGAGGUCGUAAAACUAUUGGUGAAGGAAGACGAGGUGGUAAAACUAUUGGUGAAGGAAGACGGGGUGGUAAAACUAUUGGUGAAGGACGAGGUCGUAAAACUAUUGGUGAAGGACGAGGUGCUGAAGCUAUCGGUGAAAUAUUGGGACGGGACGGUGAAGCUAUUGGUGAGAUAUUUGGACGAGGUGGUGAAGCUCUGGGUGAGAUAUUAGGACGCGAUGGUGAAGCUAUGGGUGAAAUAUUAGGACGAGGGGGUGAAGCUCUUGGUGAAAUGAUAGGACGAGGCGGUGAAGCUAUUGGUGAGAUAAUUGGACGAGGAGGUGCAGCUAUGGGUGAAAUAUUAGGACGAGGGGGUGAAGCAAUGGGUGAAAUAUUAGGACGAGGAGGUGAAGCUAUGGGUGAAAUAUUAGGACGAGGAGGUGAAGCUAUGGGUGAAAUAUUAGGACGAGGGGGUGAAGCUCUUGGUGAAAUAAUAGGACGAGGCGGUGAAGCUAUUGGUGAGAUAAUUGGACGAGGAGGUGAAGCUAUAGGUGAAAUAUUAGGACGAGGGGGUGAAGCUCUUGGUGAAAUAAUAGGACGAGGCGGUGAAGCUCUUGGUGAAAUGAUAGGACGAGGCGAUGAAGCUAUUGGUGAGAUAAUUGGACGAGGAGGUGCAGCUAUGGGUGAAAUAUUAGGACGAGGGGGUGAAGCUCUUGGUGAAAUAAUAGGACGAGGUGGUGAAGCUAUGGGUGAAAUAAUAGGACGAGGUGGUGAAGCUAUUGGUGAGAUAAUUGGACGAGGAGGUAAAGCUAUGGGUGAAAUAUUAGGACGAGGGGGUGAAGCUCUUGGUGAAAUAAUAGGAUGA